AUGCCACGUUUAAGCUUAGACACAAAUUUACCAGCUUCAAAAAUUCCAGAGGAUUUUUUGAGCACAUGCACUGUUCUUCUUUCUAAAAACCUAGGCAAAAGACAAUCAUAUUGCGUAUCAACGGUGAACCCGGGUGUAAAAAUGACACUUGGUGGGUCCAAUGAUCCCUGUGGAUUUAUUCAAAUAACAAGCAUUGGGAGUUUGGGACCAGAAGAGAAUCCUAAACACAUGGAAGUUAUAACUGACUAUAUUCAUCAAACUCUUGGAAUUCCGAAAGAGAAGCUUAUUAUAAAUUUACAAGCAAAUAUUCAAGCAACUACCGGUUAUCUUGGAACCACCUUCCAUCAACUAUUUACUGUUGAAAAAGGAAAACGACUUUAA